GCUCCACUCAAUUGUGAUAUUUAUAGUCACUUCAAGUCUUUUAUCUCUACUACCAAGCCUAAAGAUCUUCUUGUUAAGCUAACAGAGGCCAUUUUUAACAUGAUGAUAAAUUACAAGAGAUUCAUGAAUUCCAAUACUGAGAAUAAUCAGAAUAAUGUAGCUACUUGGGCUAAUACAAUCUCUCUUGGACAAAAUAACAAGGCUUCUAAUAAUACCUCAUCUAACACUGAUCUGAAAGCUUUAGAUGUUGUAGCAACAGUAUCCCAAAAACCCCAAGCCAUUAAGGAACUAAAAGCAGUCUCUACUAGAAAGAAAAAAGUUAAGAAUAACCUACCUCAAAUGUUGGCCUUG